GAUGCCACAUCAUCCCGACAGCUUUGAAUACCGCACGGCGGCAAGAAGUGAUGAACUUGACUACGACCACCAUCAAGGAGAGCAUCAUCAUCCGAGGCGGUUAUAGUCGUCAUCUACAGCUCAAUAAUACUGAUAAUAUCGCUAACUUCACGUAG